UGAACCUAAAUGAAACAAAUGUUCUCGCUUCGUCCUGAACAUUCCAUCACAUUCUGGAAAUCACUUAGCUAAACCGCAAAAGAUCGUAGAAGUGUCAUUGUCAGAUUGACAGCAGUUCUGGACGUAGAAAGCUUUCGGUCCACCAAAGUUACCAAUGGAGGGGAUGCCACCCAAGUACAGGGUUAUAGUGCUCAAAGAUGGAUACUCUUAUCAAGAUAACACCACAGGCCUAUACAAGGCAGAUUGUUCCAUCACUCUAGUAAAAGGUCCACAUAAUGUGAUAGUAGACCCUGGUAAUGCCUGGGACAAGGAAUUCGUACUGAAUGCCUUACAGCAACAUUGUUUGACCCCCUCAGACAUAAACUACCUUGUUGCAACCCAUGGACAUGGUGACCACGUUGGCAACCUGAAUCUGUUCACUAAAGCCACUCAUAUUAUAGGAACUGAGAUCAACAAAGAAGAUGCUUACACAUUUCAUCACUUUAAGAGGGGAAUUCCAUAUGAAAUAGAUGACAAUCAUCUGGAAGUUAUUUCAACACCAGGCCAUACUGGUAUAGAUGUCAGCUUGGUGGUCAGAGGAACUGACCAGGGGACGGUGGUCAUUGCAGGUGAUCUGUUUGAGAGGGCAGAAGAUUUAGACAAUCCCGUUUUAUGGCAGGAAGGCAGUGAAAACCCCAGGCUUCAGGAACAGAGUCGCAUCGACGUGUUAGAAAUAGCUGACUACAUUGUCCCGGGUCAUGGACCCAUGUUCAAAGUGCCAGAAGAUUAUAAACACGGUAUCCAGGUUGUCAUGAAUCCUCAGUCAGAUGAUGAUGCAGCAUAAAUAUGUACAGUUUGAGACAUUUGGACAUCUUCAUUUAGUGAAAUAUUAAUUUUCCUGAAAAUUGCAAUAGCAAUUUUUACCAUAUCCAACAUUUAAUUAAUAGAAUCUACAUGUAACCUACAUUAAAGGUAAAAUUGUUGAAAUUUCCAGGAAAAUUAUAUUUUUUUCUAUACAGUAGUUUGAUAUGCAUUGUCUUUAAGUUGGGCUUAGCUUAGACUGCUAAAUUCACAAAGUAGACUUAUGCUAAUUAGUCCAUAUGUAUUGUAGAAGUUUGCUUGCAAUUCUGUUAACAAGGUAUUGGUAUCCUGUGGGUGAAAGAUUUGUGUAAUUUUUUUUUUUUUUUCUAUUGGUCAAAACCAUAUACCAGUAUGUCAAAAUGAUUGUGACAAAAUUUGGCUUCAAUAGCUUUUUUCAUUCCAAUUCCUCCAUGUGGUUCAUUGUUAUUAUUAUUAUUAUUAUU